CCCUCCCUCUCCAUCCCCCACAUCCUUUUCGCGUCUCAAGCAUUCCGAUAAACUUCCUAUUGGCAACUUUCCUUUCCCCAAUUACUACUCACUUUCCAUCCCAAAAUGCCUUUAGCCCUCAGCCUCGCAACCCCUGCCGACCUACCCAAUCUCGCCCGAGCCCAAUAUGCAGCCUUCCAUCCCAAUGACACACUUCAUGUGCUGAUCUACCCUUCUCCGGACCGGGUUCCCGAGUCGACCUUCGAAAAGACGGUUGAGCGGCAAACGAACGCUUGGAAGGACAACGUCACGUGGGUGAAGGUCACUGAUGAUGAGACGGGGACUGUGAUUGCUGGCGCUAAGUGGAUCUUCUGGCCUGAAAGCGGAGGUUGGGCUGAGGAAGAGGGGAAGAGGUGGCCGGAAAGCUUUGGUGUUGAUGCAGUGAAGGAGAUGAGGAGGGAAGAAGAGAGAGCCGCGAAUGGCAUGCCUGAUGGAACACCAGGAACGAAAAAUGUGGGCAAAGGUGUCGACGAUUUAGCGUAUGUUGCUUGGAUUAUGGAGGAGUUUAUGGGGAGGAGGAGAAAGAGGAACCAAGGCCCUGCGGCGCUGCUGGAUAUUUGUUAUGUGCACCCUGAUUGGCAGGGGAAAGGGGCGGGGAAGCUGUUGGUACAAUGGGGAACGGAGAAGGCAGAUGAGCUGGGCCUUAGGACGUUUGUGGAGGCGAGUUAUUCUGGGCGGCCAUUGUAUGAGAAAUUUGGGUUUGUGGUUGGGGAGCAUGUUUUGCUUGAGGGUGGAAAUGUCAAAGAGGAAUGGAGGGGAUAUGGGCAGAUUGGGUAUUAUUGGAUGGAAAGGCCGGAGAGGGAGGCUAAGGCUUUGAAGGACUAAGGAGUGAACUGGAUGUACGUGCCCAUGUCGGGAUUGGGAAGUCCUUCUCCAGUCUGCACUAAAUUCUGGGCUCCAGGCUUGUCAACUGGACCCAAAGCUGGAUCCUUUUGUGGUCAUUCAAAGAGAAGGCCUUCGAGGCAAUACCCUUUUGUCAGAAAGGAAAGUCAACUCCGAUUCCUGCUUUCGCGCCUGAGGAUAGACCUGAUGACGGGGCUGCUGUGUUCGAUGGGGAGGUGCUGGAGGUUGGCCGAUCCGUAGCCUGCCAAUUGAUCUGUAUUAAUGGAGCAUCGAAUGUAUGUGUAUGAUGGUAUGGCUGCCGUUGAUAUUGUAGCGGGAAUUGUGAGGUAGGUAAAAUGUCCGCUAGUUCCAGAUUCGCAUGUCACAGCUUGAAAGGCAGUCUUGGUUGCA